GCAGCUAACCGCGCUGGCUCUCCUUGGCAUUCCUUCUCUUUCCCCUCUUUUAGUCGGAAUGGGCACCUUGAUUCCCUAACGAAAGACGGCGACAUCCUUAUACUUUUCCCCUUACACCUUGCUUUCUUAUUUCUCGGUUUCUCUAAAGGCACAGCCCUUGUUGUGAACGAAUGCAAUCGUGGUGCUUGUGGCCUGCUCUUACUUAUUAUGUUCUACUGAUUACCUGAGUCUUUGGUUCUGUUCCUGCGCACCAGGUCGGCUUUAAUUGGGACCCUGGUGGUAGCGAGUCUUGCCCCUGGAAAGGAAGAACGUAGUUGCGACGGAUGUGUUGGAGUCUGGAAGGAGCCAGCGAAGCAGGUGCCGCCAGCACGUAGAACAGAUCCCUCUUCUCCCCCCUCUCUCUCCAGCUGAGGUGACAAUAGUAUUGUAGAGACCCGCUGCUGCUGUGCAGUGGUUUUUUUCGAUCUCGGUUUGACAGGGACGAGAAACCUGCGGAGAGCGCCAACGACUAAAAAUAGUAAUAGUGGGAAAAGAUGUCCUCUUCGCCUUCACUCUUCUGCUCUUCCGCUCUCAACCUUCGUGUAUUUCCGCACGUCUGCCUUCCACGCCAACACCUGUUCCAGACAACUACUACAUAAAUAUGUAGCUAUAGCUCCACAGAAGCAGCGGCUUACUUGCUUUGUUUUCUCCUCUUGUUCUCUGCGCUUUCUAAAAAAGAGAAAGAAAGCAAAAGGACGUUCUCCACGCAAGCAGCAGAAAACCGUAAGCAGACAAGUUGUAUUUCUUUUCGUGGCUGUUGGGCAUCGUUGACGGCGGAGGGGAACACACAAGCACAAGAGAGGAAGAAGUACAACCGUUGCUCUCCAUUCCUUCGCUAUUGUGAUUGCUGUUUCUUCGUGUAUUUCUGUUCCCCGUCCACGUUGACCACAUCAAGCAAGGAAAGCCAUCGCAACAGCAUCAAGAGAUGUAUACGAUGCGUUCGGCAGUGCCACGUCUGACGCAGGCCGUGCUCGUCGUGGCGCUUCUCGCGGCCACCCAAGUCGCGCGCGGCUAGCUGCAAGGUAUGCUGGUGCUGCAGAUGAAGGACUGACUCAUAUACACCUACGACAACAGUGACAGUCGGGAGCAUAUUCUCGACGUCGACGGCUCGGCGAAGCAGUGCUUUGAUGGCGGUGGCGUCCCCGCGAGCGACCCUACCACGUCCAUUAACAACCAGAUGAUGACCUCCAUUAAGGAUACGGAUGCCGGCGCGGCCGUGACCUUCUUCACCGGCGCCAGCGCGAAGCCGUCAGCAGAAAACCCAAACAAAUGCUGCGACGCACGCAGCUGCACUUCGCCUACGCUGAGCAGCGACAGCUGCACCUACCGCUGGCGCUACGGGUUCUACGAUAUGUACAGUUACGCAGGCGAGCCGGGCACGGCUUUCUGGCAAGGCCUGUAUGCCAACAAGGGACACGUGGUCAACGACUACGAGCAGUUCGUGUGGGAUACAACCACCGCGUCCACCUUUCCGCACGGGUACUUCUACACGGUCAACACUUACGGCACCAGAUCGAUGAUGCGCAGGGACAGCACCUGGAGGGUCUCACUCGUCGAUCCUACACGCCCCACGUAUAUCGUGGUGUGCGAGGUGCAGCUCUACCCCCAGCCACCCCCCCCCCCACCACCUCCCGAAAGCCGCAGCCAACCUUUGUGAACGGCUUUAAAACGCUCACGUGGGCGCAGUCACACUGGUGGGUGAUCUUUCUCAUCAUUGCUCUGGUGCUGCUGGUGCUGCUGUUUGCAGUUAUUGUUUACUGCUGCAUCGCCUCGAUCAAGCCGAAGAAGGCACCGCCGCUCCACGCGAUGGUGUUGCGCGAACGGAUGGGCAAGGCCUACGUGCUCGCCGACUCCCCACUCAAGUCCCGCAACGGCAGCAAGGACCUGAAGCUCGCGAAUGGCGCGUACACGCAGCAGCAGAUGUCAGUCGACCAACAGCGGCAACAGCAGGAGGCGCAGCGCCGUCUCGGUCGCGGCUUCAACCCACAGGAACGACGGCAAAACCCGGAGGACAUGACCAUGGGUGCCGCCGGUAUCUUCGGCCGUGGCGGGCGUAACCAGUACGGGGACGGCAACAUGGUCGACGACGACGGCCGCCAGAAGGGCGAUGAAUACUACGCGAACGUGAGGGGUGGUGGUCUGCACGAGGAUGAGCUGGCGAGGACGGAGCCGCGGCCGGGCGACGAUGCCGCGUCAGUGGGGGCCAGUGUAACGGCGUCGAAGCGAAGAAGCAGCCGCCGCUCACGCCGUCGAACAGUCUCGCAAACCUUCGAAGAUGUCGAUGUGCCGCAGGCAGGUGAGAUUUCCGAACUAAACGUGGAUCUGUAG